CAACUUUUUGGCUUCUCUUGACUGCAACCACUCUGCGACUGACUCCAAGUAUUUCUUGUAUAACGCCGAAAUUAUAUGCCGUUCGACGUUUUUCUAUUCUUCUGGUGUCUCUAAUCCCACACGUCACGUUGCUUUGGCCAGAUGGAGAGCAAUCAUUUAUUGGAGAGUCUCCUAGAUCUGGAGGAGGAAUUUUACAAAGAAGGCUAUGAUCUGGGAGCUGCUGAUGGUUCUCAAGCUGGAUAUACCGAGGGAAGCGUCUUUGCUGUUGAAAAGGGCUUCGAAAAGUUCGUCGAAAUGGGACGAUUGUAUGGAAAGGCGUUGGUUUGGGCUCAGAGACUCGCCGACUCCAAAGCUUCCAAGCAGCCGGGUGCAAAGACAAAUACAGAUGAUAUCUCUACAACAAAUACGAUUGGUCACAAAGAUUUGGAUGCUUCUUUGGACCCUUCCGUCUGCGCAGAAAUGGCGACACUCCCGCCUAGUGCACGGCUGACGAAAAACCUCGAUAUUUUGCUCGAACUAGUUGAUCCUGCAUCAUUAGUAAUGUCGAAUACAGAGGAAGCGGUGACAGAUGUGGACGAACGCUUGAAGGGAGCUAUCAUCAAGGCCAAACUCAUUCAGCGCGCAUUGGGGGAGCGUGAAGACACGGCAGAUAUACAUCCCGGCGUCAAAGACACUCCAGCUGGAGCAGCAACAUUAGGUGACGGGACUGGUAGCAUCGAAGAUAUCAGUUCUUUGAACAUCCGGCAUUGAGUUUUAUGGUUGUUCAUACUAAUACUACCUUUGCUGCUGCAGUUUUGCUGUGGUCACUGACCAUGCG